AUGGAGAGAGAUUCAUCCGACGAAGAAGACGAUCGGGAUCACCUAAUUGAACAAAACGACAGAAAACACAACCAAAACGACACUCACCACCACAUCCUCCCUACCUCCUCUCCAACUCGCCGACGAUCCACAUUCGAAGUCGAACCCCGGAUACGACACGGUUUCAACAAUCUCAAUUUCAACAAGAGGUACUCCUUGUUCGCUGUUAUAAUAUUUCUCUCUCUCGUCAUUGUGCUUCUUUCCUUCUCCACCGACGUUCGGAAUAUAUUUUCGACCAAUUUCUCUGCUCCCAAUGUCGGCGGCUCCCUCUCUGAUCGAAUGCGCGAAUCUGAAUUACGCGCUCUUUAUCUGUUAAAACAACAGCAGCUCUCUCUCUUCACUCUCUGGAACCGCUCUCUCACUUCACUUCCCAAUUCCAGUAAUUCCACCCUCAAUUCCACGUUGUUAGAAAAUGAGUUCAAUUCUGUUUCCAUCGAAGAUUUGAAAUCUGCAUUGCUAAUACAGAUUUCUUUAAAUAAAGAAAUUCAACAGGUUUUACUAUCCCCUCAUAAAUCAGGGAAUGUAUCAUCAGAUUUGGAUUUUACCAAUGCCGGUUUUGGGUGGUCCGGCAGUAGUUGUAAAAAAGUGGAUCAGAGAUUCGCGGAUAGGAAAACUAUAGAAUGGAAGCCGAAAUCAAAUAAAUUCUUAUUCGCGCUUUGUUUAUCGGGGCAGAUGAGUAACCAUUUGAUUUGUUUAGAGAAGCAUAUGUUUUUUGCGGCAUUGUUGAAUCGGGUUCUGGUUAUUCCGAGCUCGAAAUUUGAUUAUCAGUACAAUAGGGUUUUAGAUAUUGAGCAUGUAAAUGAUUGUUUGGGGAGGAAGGUUGUUGUUACGUUCGAGGAGUUUGUGGAAAUAAAGAAAAAUAAACCGCAUAUUGAUAGGUUUUUUUGUUACUUUUCCGACCCUACGCCAUGUUAUGUUGAUGAGGAUCAUGUUAAGAAGUUGAAGGGGUUGGGGGUGUCGAUGGGGAAACUUGAGUCCCCGUGGAAGGAGGAUAUUAAGAAGCCGAGCAAACGUACUGUUCAGGAUGUUGAGGGGAAGUUUGCGAGUGAUUAUGAUGUUAUUGCGGUGGGAGAUGUGUUUUUUGCUGAUGUGGAGGAAGAUUGGAUGAUGCAACCGGGUGGUGCUAUUGCUCAUAAAUGCAAGAUUUUGAUCGAACCGACUAAGAUAAUUAUGCUUACUGCACAGCGGUUUGUUCAAACUUUCUUGGGGAAUAACUUCAUUGCUCUCCAUUUUCGGCGGCAUGGAUUUUUGAAGUUCUGCAAUGCCAAAAACCCAAGUUGCUUUUAUCCCAUUCCCCAAGCCGCAGAUUGCAUUGCUCGGGUGGUUGAAAGGGCCAAUGCACCUGUGAUAUAUCUCUCCACAGAUGCGGCAGAAAGUGAAACUGGUUUGCUGCAGUCGCUAGUUGUGGUGAAUGGAAGGACUGUGCCACUUGUUACACGGCCUCAUCGUAAUUCAGCUGAAAAGUGGGAUGCUUUGCUAUACAGGCAUGGCCUUCAGGAUGAUUCUCAGGUGGAAGCCAUGCUGGAUAAGACAAUCUGUGCUAUGUCCAAUGUGUUCAUUGGAGCCUCUGGAUCCACUUUCACCGAGGACAUCUUGCGGCUGCGGAAGGGUUGGGAAUCAGCAUCUUCGUGUGAUGAGUACCUCUGCCAAGCAUUGGCAAAAGAGGUAGCAGCCCGUGAUCCUCCCGAGCAAUAG